UCCACAGGUUCAAAACAUCCAAUCAGGUGUGAGUCUGGACCUGGUUUUCUACUGAACACACAAGUUCAUUCCCUCACUAUCACUUCGUCUGAACAGGAACGAUGACCACACUCUUUGUCGCUCUUUGUGUUCUUUUUUCUCUCUUCACAGCUGUAAAUUCUUCUGACAUCAAGGAGCUUCAUGUGAGAACAGUAAAGAGUGGAGAAGAUGUAACUAUGGAGUGUAACAUUAGCAGUGUCACAGGGAAAGAUAAAGUAGUUUGGUUCAGACAGAGUUCAGGAAAAUUGCCUCAGUAUUUUGCAAGACCAUACCAGGUCAAUUCAGGCUACAAAUUUGUUGAGGGAUUUAAUGAUAGUCGCUUCAGUAUUAGUGUAAAUGACCAUAAAUUUGAUCUCAAUAUUAACAAAAUAAGAGAAGAUGAUGUAGGAGAAUAUUUCUGUGGAGAAAUGGAAGGACCUGAACUGAAGUUCACAUCUGGAACACGGCUGCAAUUUGAAGAUAAAGAGACGACACACCGUCCUACAUCUGGAUCUACUACUGAAAAUUCAACAAGCAGCGAUGAUGAAGGUGAGAGCUGUACUGCUAACAUGCGUGUGUUCUUCUGGCUCUCCAUUUCAAGAAUCGGAGUUCUCUGUGUUACGGUUAUUAUCCUUACAAUAUGUCACAAGGUUUUAAAAUCAAAAUCUUAUACUUGAUAAAAUUGUUCUCUAAAUGUUGUCUGUGUCGCUCUAACUGUAUUUCCAGUGCUUUAGUGCUUUAGCUCUUUUAUUCUUGCUCUGUAAUUCUGUUCAAAUGUUUUGUGCAGUAACAAGUGUGUAAUAUAUUUAGUUGUAGCUAGUAGUUAUAUUUAUAAUGUAGUUGUAUUUAAAAAGGAAAUGAAAUCUGAGUCUGUGUUUAGACUCUAGGAGAAAGCACAAGUGUGUCUAAGUGAAGAGGCGGAGACAGGAAGUGAUGCAUCAUUUCCUUUUUGUAACAAAAAUGACAGUCCACUGGGGUGUGUGUGUGUG